CAGCUGAGCAAGAUCGGACGGCGCGGCACCCUGAUCGCCUCGUCCAUCUGGUACAUGGGUGGUUGGGCCUGCCUGGCGGUGGCCACUCCCAAAGCGGCGCUGUUCGUCGGCCGCCUGCUCACGGGCGUCGGCACCGGCAUGGUGGCGCUCGCCAUCACCGUCUUCAUAUCGGAGAUCUCGCCCGCCGAGCUGCGCGGCUUGCUCAACACGGGCGCCAACCUGGUACUCUGCUCCGGCACACUGCUCGUAUUCGUGCUGGGCAAGUUUUUUAGCUUCUGGAUGCUUGCCGUCUGCUGCAUGCUGCCGGCGGCCACCAUGAGCGUCUCGCUCCUCUGGUGCCACGAGUCACCCCGCUGGCUGCUCAAGAACGGUUGGAGAGAUCGUGCAGCAGCGGCCCUGCGUUUCUAUGUGGGUCCUUUCGCCGCAGCCGAGCUGGCCGCCAUGGAGCAGGCCGUCGCGCGACGUGGUGGGGACGCCGUGACGAGUUUCACGAUACAAGACCUGACCUCACCGCAUGUCUAUCGGUCCAUCUUGUGCGUCCUGCUGGCCAUGAGUAUGCAACAACUGUCGGCCAUAGGCGUGAUCAUCACGUUCGCCCAGGACAUCUUCGAGGAGGCCGGCACGUCCGUGUCAGCGGAAAAUGCAGCGAUUGCUGUGGCGGCUAUCCAAGUGGUCAUGGUGGCCGUGGCGACAGUGCUUGCCGAUCGCCUUGGCCGGAAAGUGCUGCUCCUGUUCUCAUCAGCAGUGUCUUCGGUAAGCCUCGCAGUGCUUGGCCUGUCCUUCCACAUCAAAACGACCAUGGGCGACAAGUUCGUGGAGGCCUUCGGCUGGUUGCCUUUGACCAGCCUCUGCACCUUCUUCGUCGGCUACUCCGUUGGCCUGGGCCCUUUGCCUUGGGUACUGCUGGGCGAGAUGAUCCCGCUGAAGGCCAAGGGAUUCGCGACGGGGGCCUGCACCGCCAUUUUGUUCGCCGAAAGUUUCGUCCUCACUAUAAGCUACAACAGCAUCCGUUCAAUCUUGGGCACUGCGGCGACCUACUGGAUGUUCAGCGCCUCUCUCGCUGUCAGCUUUGUCCUUGUUUUAUUUUUUGUUCCUGAGACAAAAGGAAAGGACCUGGAACAAAUUGAGCGCCUUUUCGGACGCACCAUGUCUUCACCUCUUGAUUCGAUAGUGAAGAGUGACGCUUCUAAUGCGAAAUGAUUGCAUUAAUAUCGCUCUAGUACGUUUGGAAUUGUGA